AUGUCGUUCAAAACAGUUGUGAGAAGUUUACGAACUCUAAGUUAUGUUGGAAGUUAUAAGAAAAUACGGGAUCGCCCUUACAAGUUCUACUGCGCUGCAAUACUCGGCACUGGAUACAUAGCAUACAGCCAAAUGAAACGAAACAAGGCAGAAAUGAAAGAAAUAAUUCAAUUGAAGAACUACAUGGCAGAACCCAUCACACCACUGUCUCAGUUGGAAAAGAACCAAGAUGAUAUGAAAACACAGAUGGAACUGCUUAUAAUGAGAAUACAGGCUGAGUUCUGUAGGGCUCUCGAGAAAGAGGAAGACCAGGAGGCUAAGUUCAAAGUGGACAGGUGGACAAGAAAGGAGGGGGGUGGAGGGAUAACUUGCGUGCUGCAAGACGGUCGCGUGUUCGAGAAGGCCGGCGUCAACAUCUCCGUGGUGCAUGGCAAACUGCCGCCCGCAGCCGUGCAGCAGAUGCGAAGCAGAGGAAAGAACCUACAGUCGUCAGAGCUGCCGUUCUUCGCAGCGGGCGUGAGUGCAGUCAUCCACCCGAGGAACCCGAUGGUCCCCACCAUACACUUCAACUACCGCUACUUCGAAGUACAGGAUAAAGAUGGUGUACAGUGGUGGUUCGGCGGGGGUACGGACUUGACCCCGUACUACCUGAAUGAAGAAGACGCCGUACAUUUCCACCUCACCCUCAAGCACGCUUGCGACGAACACGACCCCUCUUACUACCCUAAGUUCAAAAAAUGGUGCGACGACUACUUCACGAUAACGCAUCGCGGCGAACGGCGAGGAGUUGGCGGUAUCUUCUUCGACGACGUGGACUACCCCAGUCAGAAAGAGGCCUUCAAUUUCGUCACGUCUUGUGCCGAGGCUGUCAUACCCAGCUAUAUGCCUCUUGUGCAACGGCACAAGGACGACGCGUAUGGCUACCACGAGCGCCAGUGGCAGCUCCUGCGUAGGGGAAGAUACGUGGAGUUCAACCUAAUCUACGACCGCGGCACCAAGUUCGGCCUGCACACGCCCGAAGCCAGAUACGAGUCCAUACUCAUGUCCCUGCCACUCAACGCGAAAUGGGAGUAUAUGCAUGAACCGAAGCAGAAUUCACCUGAAGAGAAACUCAUGAAGGUCCUCAAAGAGCCGAGGGAUUGGCUCAACAUCGAGAGGAAUCAGCGUGCCACUGCGUAA